GAGUCCGCCGCUUCACCUAUCCAACUGAUACUUUCUGUUUUCAUAUUUUCAAAAUUCUCUCUCUCUCUCUCCUCUUCGCUCUCACUGUUGUCACUCACUUCACUAUCGUUCUCUCUCUGCUGCACUAGAAACCCUAGUUUUUUCACCAGGACACCGACAAGAUCAUGACGGCGGUGCCACAGGUCGCCGGACGGGAGCUAUUGAAUUCGCCGUCCGACGGUAUAUCGAACCUUCGCUUCUCCAAUCACAGCGAUCACCUCCUGGUGUCGUCUUGGGACAAGAGUGUUCGGUUGUACGAUGCGAGUGCCAAUGUGUUGAGAGGAGAGUUCAUGCACGGAGGUCCUGUAUUGGAUUGCUGUUUCCAUGACGAUUCUUCGGGGUUCAGUGCUAGUGCUGAUAAUACUGUGAGGAGGCUUGUUUUCAGCUUAGGCAAGGAGGAUAUUUUGGGAAGGCAUGAUGCACCAGUGCGAUGUAUUGAAUACUCAUAUGCAACAGGGCAAGUAAUCACUGGUAGUUGGGACAAAACCCUGAAAUGUUGGGAUCCUAGAGGUGCAAGUGGGCAGGAGCGCACUAUUGUUGGGACAUAUGCACAACCUGAGCGUAUCUAUUCAAUGUCUCUUGUUGGAAAUCGUUUAGUUGUAGCAACUGCAGGAAGGCAUGUGAAUGUUUAUGAUUUGCGGAAUAUGUCUCAACCUGAGCAGCGAAAGGAAUCUUCAUUGAAAUACCAAACUAGAUGUGUACGCUGUUAUCCCAAUGGAACAGGUUAUGCUCUUAGCUCUGUCGAAGGUCGGAUUGCAAUGGAAUUUUUUGAUCUUUCCGAAGCUGGCCAAUCGAAAAAAUAUGCAUUCAAGUGUCAUCGAAAGUCCGAAGCUGGAAGGGACAUUGUCUACCCUGUAAAUGCCAUUGCAUUUCAUCCCAUCUAUGGUACAUUUGCUACUGGGGGUUGCGAUGGUUAUGUGAACGUGUGGGAUGGCAACAAUAAGAAGAGGUUGUAUCAGUACUCAAAAUACCCGACAAGCAUUGCUGCCUUGUCGUUCAGCAGAGAUGGCCGACUGUUGGCUGUGGCAUCCAGUUAUACAUAUGAAGAGGGAGAUAAACCUCAUGAACCAGAUGCUAUCUUUGUUCGAAGUGUAAAUGAAGUUGAAGUGAAGCCAAAGCCGAAAGCAUACCCCAACCCGACUACAUAAGUCUAAACUGCAGCUUACUCUUUCUUCUAAUAGUAGUUAUUCCCCAUGUUUGUAUUUAAUAUUAAACUGCAAGGUUUCAUUGUUUCAAAUGGAACUUUCCCAAACUCAAAAUGUAGACUGAUCAUUGAUUCAAUGGUAGAUUCUCAUAUUACCUUCGAGCUUUAAA